UUUAGCGUAUAGUGAACGUAUCUAUAUCUCUUGUCAUUGUAUUGUUUUUGUGUAGGUUUGGUUGUGCAUGAAACUGAAAAGAGCUGCUGUGCUAUAACACUGCAGUGAACAUUAAUAUUAUUACUAUCCUUCUGCCACUGAUUGAACAGUUACCGCAAAGAGGAUAAUAAAAUCAAACACUAGGCGUCGCCGUCUCAUUCUAAUGCAAAUGAUUUUAUUUUAAUUUAUCUUACAAUGUCUAGUAAUAUGUUUGACAAAAGUUCUAAUAAAGAAGGGGCACGACCAUACAAGUGCCGUGAUUAUGCCACAAAAAUAUCUUAUAAUUUACAACAUUUUAAGAGGGAUGGCAGAUUUUGUGACAUCGAUUUAAUAUCGGGUGAAACCAGAAUUAAGGCUCAUCGUGUAGUUCUAGCUGCAAGUUGUGCCUAUUUUGAUGCUAUGUUCAGUGCAGGCCUAGAAGAAACUCAAAAAGGGCAUGUUGCCCUCCCAAGUGUCCCUCCAGAUAUCUUAACUAUGAUUAUAGACUUUAUUUAUACAGGUGAAGUAAUGAUUGACAAAACUAGUGUACAACACUUAUUGAUUGCUGCAGACAUGCUUCAGUUGAGAGAACUGGUUACUGGCUGUGGAGAGUUUUUGAGAAAAGAAUUACAUCCAACAAAUGCAUUAGGAAUAUUUAGAUUUGCUGAUGCUCACAAUUGUACUGAAUUGGCAGAAGAAGCCUUAGCUCAUGCACAAGCCAAUUGGAAUAUAGUGGCAAAUGGAGAUGAAUUGUUGGAACUUCCCCUUCCUCAGUUGAUAACACUGUUGUCAUCUGAACAGUUAAAAGUUGAUGGUGAAGCUCAAGUGUUGUAUCCAGCUUUAAGAUGGCUUGAGCACGACCCUUCAUGCCGUCGCCGCCACUGUUUCGAAGUUUUGAGUCAAGUUAGAUUGCCGCUUAUAUCGCCGCAAAUCUUAGAUGAAGCUAUUAAGAAUGUACAAGAUCCUUCGAUUGCUGUGGCUUUAAAGACGGUCAGGGUUGACAUGAAAACGGGUCGCGGCGCGCUGGUGCCGCUGGGGGCCGAACCCCGCGCCCGCGCGCGCCGCCUGCUGCUGCUGGCGGGCGGCUCCUGCCACGACAGCGCGCGCCCGCCGCUCAACACUGACAACAUACUCUCCUCCGUGCUCAAGUUCGAUUUGUACAAGAGAGAAUGGGAAGAAAUAGCACCAAUGGGUAUUGCCAGAAUUCAGCCUGGUGUGGCUACGUUGGGGGGCCGUGUUUACGCCGUUGGGGGGGAACAAGGCAGCCAGAUCCUCGCAAAUGGAGAAGUGUAUGACCCUCAGACUAAUAAAUGGUCGAAUAUAGCACCUAUGAAAGAAGCGCGUUGCGAAUUUGGACUCACUGGCUGGAAUGGCAAUUUGUAUGCCUUCGGGGGUUGGGUGGGCUCCGACAUGGGAGCGUCGGUGGAAGUGUACGACCCCGUCACCGACGAGUGGACUUUGACAGGGCGCAUGCCGGAACCAAGAUUUGGGAUGGGUGUUGUACAGUUUGAAGGUCUCAUCUACGUAGUGGGGGGCUGCACGCACACGUGGCGGCACACGCGCGACCUGCUGUGCUACCACCCCGCGUCGCGCAAGUGGCAGGCGCUGGCGGCCAUGCGCCACCCGCGCAGCCAGGCCGCGGCCGUGGUGCUCGGCGACGCGCUGUACGUCAUAGGCGGCAACGCGCCGCGCCGCACCGUGCUCGCUUCCGUCGAGAGAUAUAGCUUUGAUGAUGAUACGUGGAAAGAAGUAGAAAGUUUGAACGAAGCGCGAGCGGCGUGCGCGGCGGGCGCGGCCGAAGGGCUGCUGGUGGUGGCGGGCGGCGACAGCGAGAGCGGCGGCGAGCGAGCCUUCUACCGCGCGCGCACCUCGCUCGCCAGCGUCGAGACCUACGACCCGCGCGAGCGCGUGUGGCGCCCCGCGCCGCCGCUGCCGCACUCCCGCAGCGAGGCCGGCGCCGCGCUGCUCUGACCGCGCUCUACACCCCGCCCGCGCCGCUCUCCCGCAGCGAGGCCGGCGCCGCGCUGCUCUGACCGCGCUCUACAGCCCGCCCGCGCCGCUCUCCCGCAGCGAGGCCGGCGCCGCGCUGCUCUGACCGCGCUCUACACCCCGCCCGCGCCGCUCUCCCGCA